AUGCUCCCCAACACCUACGGCUUCACCGAUCCCGCCGAGCUCCAGGCUCUCGCGAUGGAGCGUGUGCGCAUCUCAUUCCCAGCCUUCUCGAGACGUCUCGCUGACCUCGAGAGAAAGUACCUCGCCGUGGGACUCAACUACCACUUCAUUCCCCUCGCCAUGCGAACAAAGGCAGACGACUCCAAAGUCCAGUUGUGUACGACAUCCCUCACAGUCCGACCCAGUAUCGACCCCGCCGACGGCCUUCCAGAGCCAUGCAAAGUUCUUCAGGACCUGAGGGACCGUCGAGACGCUGCCAAAGCUGCCAUGAAACUUGGCAAUGGAGUAGAGGCUGAAACCCUCAUCGGGAUGUCACGGCUAGAUGAUUUCGCCACAUGCAUGGAGACGCUCGACGGCGCAGUCAAUGAGCUUAUGGACGCUUGGGCGAUGAGCGACGGUGUCAUGAGCGGGCCCCACAACCAGUACGAGGUGGAGAACAUUAAACGUGAGUGGAUCUUGUCCAUCCCGUUCAUUGUUGAUGCGAUCGAGAAGAGUUUGGCUAACGAGGAGCAGGCGUAUCGAAUGGCUGUGGAUUCGUGGCUGUCUGGCGAGGAUGGCAUUGAUGGCCUUGGGUCUCUCCUCGCAGACGAUUCAGAGUUGGACCAGGUCGAUGGUGCUAACGCUUUUGUCGACUUUGGCGAGGAAUGGUGGGAUGCUCUGAGAUGA